CAAAGAGCGUCUGUCUGCCCCGCUGCAAUAAAGGCAGAUAGCGGACCAUGGGGAGCAGGGGAAAACUUUUUUAUACUGACAUGUUAGCGCAAUGACUUUUUGAGUAACAUCUAACUGGGACGAGGCUCCCGGCGUGAGGAGGACAGGGCCCCUUUACGGGAAGAAUUCAAAAAAGGAAAAAAAAAAAAGGAGCACUUGCCAUCUGCCGGGGGAAAGCAAGACGGUUAAAGAGUUGAGAGCAGUCCAACAAACAGCGGUGGAAAAUCCAGUUUAGCCAUCUGAGUUGAAAGAUGAGCUUGUUGUCUGCCAUAGACACGAGUGCCUCCGUGUACCAGCCUGCGCAACUUCUCAACUGGGUCUACCUUUCAUUACAAGACCCUCACCAGACCAGCGCCUUUGACGCGUUCAGACCCGAGCCCAACUCUUCCCACCCGGAUCUCAGCUUCAGCAAGCCUCCCGCAGCGGCGGACCUGAGCUCUUCCCUGAACUCCAACUAUCUCAACAACUUCUUUCAGCUGCAGCGAAAUGAGGCCUUAAACAACAACGUGUAUAAGAAUGUGUCACCCUAUGGCUCCCUUAACAACAUUGUGGACGGACUCAACUCCCUGACGGACCAUUUCUCAGACCUAUCCCUUUCUUCGGAGCCGAGGAAACCUAACAAAAGACCCCCACCCAACUAUUUGUGCCACCUGUGCUUCAACAAGGGCCACUACAUCAAAGACUGCCCUCAGGCCAGACCCAAAGGUGAAGGACUGACACCCUACCAGGGGAAGAAAAGAUGCUUUGGAGAGUACAAAUGUCCUAAAUGUAAAAGGAAGUGGAUGAGCGGAAACUCCUGGGCCAACAUGGGACAAGAAUGUAUCAAAUGCCACAUCAAUGUCUAUCCACAUAAACAGAGGCCUUUAGAGAAGCCGGAUGGCCUGGAUGUGUCCGACCAGAGUAAGGAGCACCCACAACACCUGUGUGAGAAGUGUAAAGUCCUGGGCUACUACUGCCGCCGUGUGCAAUAAUCAUCUUUAUCCAGAGGCUGAGAGCAACGUUUGGAUCCCAAGUAUCGCUCAACCACCAUCGAGGCUUUUUAACAUCCUCCCAACCCAGCACAUGUCCAAGUUUUUCCUCAUCCGUGCCCUGCACAUAACAUGGAGUCCUUUCCUCCUCACGUCUUCUCACAAGCCUCCAAUAUAGACAGUAGCUCUAAUACUCCUCUCUUUCCCUGAAGCCUUCCGUCCUUCCUUAUAACAGCAAUGAAACCAUCAUUGAACACAGACUUUAGACACUGCAUUUCUUUUUCUAUAACAUAUUGAAGAUUACACCCAGGAAUGAGAGGAACCUGAAAGCCUAGGAUCGAUCUUAUCUCUGAAAAGUAGUCUUCAUAAAAAAAAAAAGCAAAAAAUUGCCAAAAUCUUUUUUUAAUGCCUUGUGUUUCAGAAACCACAUAACCCAGCUGAUCCAACUCAGUGUUUAACAACAGUAAAUUGUUGUAUCGAUGAUUUAGCACCAGGCUUGUAUUUCAUUGGUGUCACUGACUAUAUCGGUCUCAAUAGAUUACCUCACCUUGGGGUUUGUUGGCUUUGUGUUUACAGAGAUCUGCUUUUCCAUUUCCCUGCCAAGUGAAGUGUGUGGCGAUGUGAUGAACGUUUAACCAGGGCCUCUCACGAUGAUAUACGAGGCCUUUGAUGUCCUGCCUUAUUAGGGUCAACAGCACAUCUUAUUAACUGUGAAUUAACUGAGGGAUAAUGUGCCAUACAUCCCGAGCUUACAUUUGGCCUAUUUAUUUUCUUGUUGUCAAGUGUGCAAUUUGAAUUUUAACUGGGACAUAAAGAAAUAUUUUUUUUUGUAUGUUUGUAUAUCACAAUAUUGUGUUACUGCUUCCACGUGUCUUUAGAAACUACUGUAGGUUCAGUUGUGUAGUCGCUUCUCGGCUACAUUUAGUGCAUUGCUAACAGAUGAUUCACCCUCCCUAGAGUGUUUUUGCUACCACACAAAUUCUCAUUUAGCUGUAGUGUUAGGUAGAUAUGAAUGCUAGAUUAGUUAACGCGUCACUGUAAUUUAAAAGUAAAAGAAGGGUCAACGGAGAAGAAGCUGUAGGAGCGGCUUCAGUAACAGUAACAUGUUGCCACACAUGUUUUCAUCAGUGUUGGAUGUUCCGUUUUUCAGAGUGGUUGAAAAACUGCUUGCCACAGUCUGAUUAGCCUCAUUAAAUGUUACUCGACAGUUAAACUGUUCACCUAAAGCCUGAUAAGAUUUUAAACACGGGUUUGUAAAAUACAAAUGAGAUGUUUGAACGAGAUUCAGAACGACGUUACAGUUUUAGUGCCAGUUGAUGCCUGGCAGCCUUAGCGGAGUCAGUGAAGCAAAAUGGAACCUUUCCAAGGGUUUGCACCCUUCAAAAACUAUGUCCAACAGCUAAUUGCAGUGAAAAGUGUGUCUAGAGGGAGGUGAAGCUUUGGAGAACUGCAAUGACUUUCAGGUUGGUUCAGAGAAAGAAUGCGGUAUGAAAUAGAAGGGAUGAUUUGUGAUGUGGUGAUGCUGAAGAUUUGGGGAUUUACUGAAAGUGAUUGUGAUUUAAGUUUACACUCGGAUUUGUUUUGUUUUUUUUUAACGGGGCCUACAAUCAUAAACCAUGUCUUUAAAGAAAGAGAAGCACCCAUUGUGUUUACAUACGUCAGUGUGCAAAUCUAAAGCACUGCAGAGGAAAUUAAUCAAGUUUUGACUUCUAAAAAUCUGCUUUCCAAGGAUCCUUGUUAGAGGAAUUGUGAACUAUUUUAUAUGUACUGUAUUUCUAGCCUUACAAAAGCUGGUCCAUUAUAUUUUAUAUUGUACCAUACUGUAUGUGCCUUUAAAAAAUUUAUACUAUCAAGACUAAGAUGCUAUUUGACAUUUUGAAAAGAUGUGGCUUUAGGCUCAGAGGUGGAGCAGUAUACAGAAGACGACAGAACUGAGAACACGCCUGUGCAAAAUCGCUUAAAUUUUACAUGAUUUCAAACAAUAUCCCCUCUCAAUAAUUGCAUGAUCUCUAAGUUGUGAUUUCCAGUUAUCCUUGCAAGAAAACAUUUUUAAAACUACCUGUUAACACCAGAACAAGAACUAAGGCUUGUGUUCGCAUCAUGGCUCCCAAUGGAAAAGAGCAGCCAGAAGAAUUUUAAAAACUGACUUGAUUUCAAAAAGAUGAUCCAUGAAGAUUGGUGAAUACUAAAAAUAAGUGGAAACACAGUCAUAGCACUAAUUAGGGGGCAGAGAAGGAGUCAGUACCACUAGUCAACAGGGUUACUAAUGGAAAUUGAAAAUUCUUUGACUGUUUAGACAACAUGAAGAACACAGUGAGCAUUUAUAGAAGAAAUACCUCGCUUGAUCUGCAGUACUAAACUGCAAGAUUAUUCUUUGCUAAAAUGCAUGAAAAGAAGUCAAAUGAGAACCAAGAUAUAUUUGUUGGGCAGCACGUUUGGCAUGAACCAUGACUACCACAGUGAAUGCAUAGUCCUGGCAGUGAAGCACAAAGCGGGGAGUGUGUUUAUUUGGAGGUAUUUUAGUGCAAAAGGCGUUGGGAAGAUGAGAUUUAUAAAAGGCAUCAUUCAACAGUUUUUUGAAUACGCCAAAACACUGGCUGACAAGAUGACUCCCAGUCUGCAGAAACUUGGCAGAAAGGGAUAUUUUAGUAUGAUAAGGAUUCAAAACAUUCGGCCAAAAGUUAUGCAAGAGUAUCUUAAAAAAAAGAAAAAGAUUUUUGUUUUUUAAUGACCAGGCCAAAUAUGUCACCAGGCUUGAAUAGAAUGGAACACCUUUGGGGUGUCUUUAAAGAGAAAGGUAGAGCAACACAACCCCUCCAGCAAAGAGCAGCUGAAAAAGAUUGUGUCUGAAGUCUAACUCAGAAGCAGUGCAAUGACAGAGGGGUAGCUCUGAGUCUUUUCGGUGAUAUUGCACAUGGGUGUUCUCACUCCUGCUGUAUACUGUAUGAGCAUGUGGUGACUGUGAUGCAUAGCAAGUCUGAUGUAGGUUCAAGUUGUGACAAAGGACAAGAAAACGAUAAAGCUCCUCUAUUUGCGGUUGAACUGGCAUGGUGGGUGUUCGCCUUAAUGCAGUUUGCUGAGUUGGAGGCAUGGGCUGAACCAGCAUUUCCAGCUGGCAGUAACAAUCUCACUGUGGUCUGUUGUCAUGGAAUAUCAACAGAGAUGUUAUUUCUUAGUCGAUCCGCACAACACAAUGAAGUUGCAUAUGAAACUGUGGACCUCACUCUUUGUUUUGUUAUCUGUUGUAGUUAUGUUUAUCCAAGAAACUUUGGGUUUUGUCAAAAAAUAUACACGGUAACUCGCUUCGGUGGGAGUGGAUGAUAAUGGUACAUUACAGUGUGGGGAAAUUUAAUUAAAUUCCAUCUGUAAAGUUUAAAGGGCACUCCGGUGAUUUAGUAUUGCAGUUCCACAAAGUUGGGAGGCUUGCAAGAGACACUAAAGAAUAGUUCAUGCAGCUGAAGCUGACAUAUUCUCACUUAUAGUAUUUAGUGUGGCUCACGCUCCAAAAAAUGCAUUUCUAAUAAUGUAGCCUCAGAAGCAUCGUUCAGUAGAGUCCCCUGCCUGGAAAAAGGAUGAUAUUUUAAAAACUCUAGACCCUCAGUUUGUAAUACCUAUUAUUUGAUUGAAAAUGUGUCUCUAAGCCUGAGUUGAGAUACCUCCAGAAGAACUUAUGCAACUGUUUUUACAGUCCAAGUUGUAUUCUCUGUGGUGGUAAACUGAACAUCGUGAGUAAAAUUGAUGGAGUGCCCCUUUAAAGCACAGAUUGUGCAUCUAUAUUAGGCCUAAUCUGAAUUAAAGCUUCUCCUUAUUGGCCACCACUGUUGGGAACAAUCCUUUUUUUUUUUUCUUACUGUUAUCGUCUUUCUUAUGGUCCGUGUGAUGACACUAACUUUCGGAACCUUAUCGUCCACAUUGUACCACGUGGACGUAGUGAAAGGAAUAGAUACCAAUGAUGCCUUAUGAACUAACCUCAUAAUCAAAUAACAGUGUUAUUGUGAUUCACAGAGUUCUGGCAGAACGUAAAUGAGAAGUAGGUCUCGAGAAAUCCUGUCAGAGUUUGAUUCCGCCCAGAAACAUGUUAUGAGGAGGCCAUUUUAAAUGGCGAAUCAAGAGCCAAUGGAAGCAGCUGAUACAUUAAAAAAAAGAAGAAAUCUCUGCUUUCAGACGUAGUGUCUUGAAUUACAUAUACUUGACUUUUCUAAUACCUUUUCAGUUCAAAAUUGUUAUUUUCUAUGAAUGAGAUGUGUAUUUUGGAACACUUAAUAGAUGUUGAAAAUUUUAAAGCAAUCUGCAAAAACUCAAGAGUUAUUUCCCUGACAAAGAUAGAUUAUUUUAUGUAUAUAUUUGAUGGCCAUCAUUUUCAAUGAUAGUAGCUCUUUUAAAGUGUUAAGCAAUAUCAAAGCUUUUUGUGUGAAGAAGGGCCUAUUGCUGAGAAAUAAUCAAAGCUGGGAGUUUUUUUUUUCCUUUGUUUUACAAUAAUCUGAAGGGUUAUCCUGCAGACAUAUUUAUGGAAAGACUUUUUACAACACUUUUUGUAUAGAAUAUGCAACAAAGUUACACUAAGAAGGAAAUAUUGAUGUCUACAUAGAAUAUUAUUAAAAAAAGUUGGUACAUAAUUAAUAACCUUUCAAUUAUAAGCCAUUGUACUUCUGUGUUUUGUUUUACGAUGUUAUCAGUUUUGAAUAACCCACGUUAUUCAGUUGCUAUGUGACUAAUUAUGAGCUGACAUUUACAUCCGCGCAGCCGCAUGUAUUCGUUUUGUAAACAUUAUGAAGAUAUAUUGUGUUAACAUGCAGAAAUCUUUUUUUUUUCCUUAAUUAGUGAUGGAUACUCACCACUGUAUAAGCACAUUAAACUGUGAGAUGUAGUUUGCUUAAAGCAGCGAUGACAAGAAACUAUUAUAAAAUGUUACGGUGUUAUUAGUAGUAUUAGUAGGGAGUGUAUACUUUUGUCAAGAAAGCGUGUGACAAAGAACUAUUUUAGAGUUUGCAUGUGCAUGUGUUUGGUUUUGAAUGAACUAUUCUUUUGUGCAAUCUAUACUUAUUUAAAUACUUUACAGUAGUUUGCUACAGUACAUAUUGUUUUUAACAUUAUAAGCAACUUCUGAUUGUUAUUAGUCCUGAAGUAUUUCAUUUACCGCAAAUGUAGCCUCUGCAGAUAAUACGUAUUUACUGAAUGUAAUGUGUUAACACUUAUGUGGUCAAGUUGGAAAGUUAUGCUUGUAUUCUUUGCUGUCUGUAUCACUUGAGAUGUUUGUCAUGCAGUAUUGCAAUAAUGUAAUAUUUGAAUUGGACAGAACGCAGGCAUGAGGUUGGGAAGACAAUGAUUCUGGGAAACCAGGACAGUGGUGGUUUUCGAGAGUCGACCACAGGUCUGUUUUUCAUGUCCAUGAAACGGCAUUCCAAAAUGUGCCUUAUUUGUUAGUUGGGAAAACAUUUUAGUGCUUUAGUGCUGUUGAGAGUUUGAUGAAUAAAAGUCAUAUUGAAUUAA